AUGUCUUACCCGACUCCAGAGUAUCUCCUCGGCCCACAGCCGGAAGAUGUGGGAGUCGUCGCGAACCGCGUAGUUAUCCGGUCUAAGCUCGAUGAAGAGACGAUCAGGAGGGAAUACAACGAUGUACGCAUUCUCACGCACGACCAAACCACUAGGCGGUGGUGCAAUAUCAUGGGGGAGUAUUUCCAACCAGCAUUUGAUUGGGCUGUAAACCAAAUUACAGAGUUGUCCAAUGUGGGGUUUGAUCUCACCCAUUCCGAAGGAAGAGCGAAUUCGAGAGCAGUGACCAGUAACAUGAUGAUCAACCUGAACGACAUCUUCAACGCCGAGUAUCAAGGACCGGAGUUGGCUAGGUUUUAUCAGAAGAAGGCAGCCAAGGGUGUUGUGUACCUCGCAAACAAGAGCGUCCAACGCAACAGUAUCAACACGAUCAUCGAUCGAUCUGUGACGUCGCCAGUCGAAGAGCACGAAUUUCCAAACGAGAGAACCCCCUUCCCAGACGAACCACCAAGGGAUCCUUCGCCAGAGGGAAUGACCAGUCAAGCAGAACCAUGGACAUUACUGCUAUUGAGUGCGAGAACAGGAAACGUGGUCACUCGGCUGUACAUGCAAUAUGUCUGGCAGAAAGAGCAACCAACCGUAUCCGAUGUCGACAUUCGAUCACUACGGGAGGAAUGCAAGUCAGCCAUGAGCCACCUUGACGACUGGAUGAGAUACAUCUACGUCGACUACUCCGCAUUCAACUGGCCAUUCUAUAGUGAUGCAACGCUCCGUACCCAGUUCGCCGAGUUCGCUAAAGACGAAAGAACAUCGUCCAUGUAUGUAUACGUCGAAGAUCGGGAUCCAGAAGCUCAGGGCGAGACGCUCUUCCCUCUAUGGAUCCUGCAUGCGGGUGCAAUAAAGGAUGAGCCCAAGCAGGAAGGUGAUGGUGAGCAGGGAAACACUGGAGAGCAUAUCGUGCAUGAUGAGACCUGCGACCGAAAUAUCAUCUUCAGUCUUCCAUCAACAUCUUCUUAUCCCACACCCAUUGUCAACGAACCGUUUCCAAAGUUCUAUGCACAACAGUCGUUGCUCGCCUUAUUGAAGAAAGACUCUGGACUUAGUAAACCACAAGAUCAUUCCAUCAAGACCAUCCUCUCAAAUCUUGAGCCCACACAGAGCAAAGUCCCCGAUCACAAUGACCGGGAUACCAGCAGGUAUGGCAUUCCUCUACAGCCCUCUGGAGACUGCGGCAUUCCCUCAAAGGCACUGCGGGAACCUAUGGCAAUGGAACGAAAACCAGGAUCCAGAGAAACCAAACUAACACAACGCACAGAAAUCGAGGAGCGCAACCGCAUCAUGCGGGAGACAUUCUUCGCGCUCGCCACACCUCUGAAUCUAAUCCUCCUCGGCACGCUCGUGCUAUUCAUCUACUUCCGGCUGCAACCAGCCAGCACACCCACCCUCCCGAGCGGGCCUGCCCCCAUCGUGUUCCGAACAUUCACGCCGCGCACGCUACUUCCCAACAACGGCACCGAGAACCAACCAGUGUACCUGGCGGUGCGCGGCAAAGUCUACGACGUGACGUCCGGCCGCAACUUCUACGGGCCCGGCGGGCCGUAUGAGAACUUCGCGGGGCGAGAUGCGACGCGAGGUCUCGCGUGCCAGAGCUUCGACGAGGAGAUGCUGACUAAGAACCUCGAUGGUCCGCUCGACGAUUGUAGUGACUUGACCGAAGAGCAGUUGGAUAACCUGAAGGGUUGGAUUGAGAGGUUUGAUGAGAAGUACUUGGUUGUUGGCAAGUUGAUUGCUUUCCGCAAGACGGAUUUCCAUUGA